AAUGGGUAUUACAAAACUGGCAGAUUUGAUUCGUAGCGAUGCACCUGGUGCCAUUUCUUACAAAGAGAUCUGCGACUACACAGGAAAGAUCAUUGCGUUGGACACCUCCAUUGUUCUGAACCAGUUCCGCACUGCAGUACCAAAUCUUCGGUUACUGGGUCCCUUGACAGGUUUGUUCUUUCGAACGCUAACCUUCCUGGAGCAUGACAUCAAACCAUUGUUUGUGUUCGAUGGGAAGCCUCCUGGAGAGAAAAGGGCUGUGUUGGAGAAGAGGGCACAGGCUGCAGGCUGGAGCUCCCCCAGUCAUUCAGGAGCAGUGUCCCUUCAGACACAGGACUGUCUCCACCUUCUGAAGCUUAUGGGUGUGCCCAUCAUCGAGGCUCCAGGAGAUGGCGAGGCACUAUGUGCCUACCUGGUGAAACAGGGCACAGUAGACGCGGUAGCAUCAGAAGACAUGGACACUUUGCCCUUUGGUGGAAACAUCCUAAUCCGCCAGCUCAAUGCCAAGAAAAACAGCUACCUGCUGCCCCAAUGGUUACAUAAGACAAUGAUUUGGUAUGGCGAAGUCAUUGAGUACUCUCUGCCCAGGCUGCUAGACAUUUUGAAGAUAACACAUGAAGAGUUUGUGGACCUGUGUAUCUUGUUGGGCUGUGACUACUGUGACAAAAUCACAGGCCUUGGACCUAAGAGAGCUCUGACUCUGAUCCAGCAGCACCGGAACAUAGAGAACGUGGUGCUGAACAUCAACAGAAAGACCCACCCUGUCCCACUGUUCUGGCAGUAUCAGGAUGCCCGCAAGCUGUUUUUGGAUGCCCCCCUGACCGAGCUCCCGAACCUGGUCUGGACUGAGCCAGAUGAGGAGGCCCUGGUCCACUUUCUGUGCCACGAGAAACACGUCAAGGAGCAAAGAGUACGAGGUCGAAUGCAGAAGUUCAGUGAGAAGCGUGAACGCCUGAGGAAGGAGAGGGAGGAGGACAAGGCAGCAGGACAGAGCCGACAAACUCGCAAGGAGGACUUCUUCCGUGUUACACGGAAAAGGCAACAGCCGUCUGAAACUGGGGAUUCCAUUGGCACCAAAGAAAAGAGAGCGAGGCCAAAGUGACAGUGCCCUCCGACGGAGUCUGGUGGUACUGCAAAUGCAUCCUUACCAACCAACUGUCUGACAGUUAAAAGCUUGUUCAUGAGGGUCUACCUGAGAAAGGAGCUGUGCAGAUCAACUGAUCUACUUCCUAACGAUUGAGCAUAAACCAAUUCUUAUUAUGUAAAGAUUUGUGACAGCGAGUACCUCGGGGUCGUGUUCAUUAGGCACCGCCUAAUGAAGGGGGCAGACUACCUGGGCAUAUCCAAUAAGUAAUGCUCAUAUUCGAUUUCCGUUUUAAAAACGUGCCCUAAUGAACAUGACCAGGGCAACUCCUAGGGAGCAAGUAAACAGGGUGAGCAGAGGCGGAGACUCAUUGGCGAGAACAGUGCAACCACUGUCUGUGGGGCCUUGGCUUGCUUGUUCCCUCUUCCAAAACAGGAGCCGAUUGAUUUCUAUGGAGGAAGGUCAGAUGGGCUCAUGGCUUAUUUGGUGGACACCUGCUACCCUCAACAGUGCCAAAUUUGAGGCAAAGGACUUUCUUAUCUUGAUAAACAUGAUCAUGUCAAAGUAGAGACCAAAAUAUGAUAAUCUCUUGUAUCUGUGUUUUUACACAAGAUGACAGUAUGAUGGUAUUUACUAUUAAACUUUUAUUCAUCAA